CUCGUGGUUAUUCCUUUCAAAGUCUGCAGUGACUCCUCCGCGUAGGCGCAUCUUCCGAUCUGGCGGCGGUCACCAUGGACGACUCGUUGAGCUGGAUCCUGCUUCCUGGCAUCUUGUUGUUUUUGUUACUCAGUGUUUGGGCAUAUUUGUGUCUCCGGGGUGAACUGGUCGGAGAAGGCCGCAGCGGCGCUGAAUCCUCCGCCGGGUCGGAAACGAGAAAGCAGUUCUUCACACUCUUGCUUCUGUCAGCCGGCACACGCUUCGUGAGUUUGUGUGUGGACAUGCUUGCUAUCUCUUUGACUCCGGAUGCCGACUCCGAGGCCGAGCUGAUCUCGGACGACAGCAACACGUACGCCUGGCUGUCGUCUGUCGUGUCGCUCCUUCCCGCGCUAUUCUUCGUGUCGACAUAUUCGCUGUUGAUUUUGUUUUACGCGCAACUGUGUACUGCUGCCGUGUACACCUCGAGCUUUCCGCUGCACAAGGGCAUCUACGUCGUAUGCAACCUGCUCUUGUAUCUGGGCUUUCUCGUCCUCCUUGUCCUGUGCACAACGUCGUCCAUGUUCUGGCAGUGGACCCAAGGCAUCCUCGGCGCGUUUUACCUGCUGGGGCUGCUGGCGGUGCUGUACUACUCGCUUCAGCUCAUCUUGUUCUUCAAGACGAGCCACCCAGACGACGAAUUCUUUUUCGACAUGCAUCUCCACCGUGGGUUAACGCCACGGCAAAUCGUCAUCCAGCGGAUCAUGUGGGUGUGUGUCAUGUGCUGCAUCCUUUUCUGCGGCCAGAGCGUCUACCUCAUCGGCAUCUCCACCGGCCUCGUUCCUUCCAUCCAUCAUCGCACGCCGGACGGGGUGUCUCCGUAUGCAUUUGAAGUCGGGCAGUACAUUGCCACCGAGUUCCUUCCCUGCGCCCUCCUGCUCCUUGUCACUCGACGGAACCCCCUGAACGAAAACUCGCCGCACAAACUCCGAGAUGACCUUGACCACACCCACCUCCUCCCCGAAACCAGUGGAUCCAACCGACCGGACGAAGCCUCGUACUUGUACCAGAACCCGCCGCGACCAUACUUUCCGCGCAAUAGCAGCAGCGGUGUCUUUGACCGGUCGCCCGUCGCCGCCUCCUCUUCCACCAAACCGACCUUUGUCUAACUUACGAGCAACUCACUCGUGCCUGGCCAGGCUCACAUACACUGUGCAAGCAUCGACAAGCAAUUUCUCGUCCACCACCGUGCAAUUUCUCACGCCUUGAACUGUCCGUUGACAAGCGGCAGGAAAUUCCCGACAUAUAAUCGUCUAUAUAAAGUCCCUCCUCGGUCGAGAAGAGGUCCGAAUCUUCUACCCAAUGCACGACCAACCCCGACAACAAGCUUGAACCCGCUUGCAUGCUGCGAUUUCCUUUGCGUGGGGGGCCCGUGCUGUCGACCUCCAAUGUCGCUGCCGAACCGGUUGCCUUCCACCGCUCGAUGCGCUGUUUGAGUUGUCGACGCAGUGUCAGCGGCUGCGUCCUCCAUGGUACUAGCAGGGCCUGCCGCUCUGGACAGUCGAGUCGCGUCCGUCAUCAAGGCACUCCUUGUCACCGCCGACUUGGCGCGCAGUCGGAUCGUCGUCAGGUUGCCGACGUCGGAGGCCGACGCGUGCAGAAGCUGGGCGGUGUUUGGUGUAAGUGUCUUCAAC